AUUGGAAGUUGUAUAUAAACUCAAGAUGCACCAAGCAACAAGAUACAUCAACUGAAUACCUGGAUUUUUACACUAGAGCAUCAUGGGCAUCAAAACUUUCUUCGUCGCGUCCCUGGUCGCUGUCUCGACUGCCUACCCGCUCGUUGAUCCUAUUCAGAUGUUCAAACGAGCAGGCCCGGCAGCUGGUGUGGUUAUUCAAAAUUGCGCAGCACCUGGUCAAAUCGCGCUUGCAUACGAUGAUGGUCCCUACCAAUACACGCAAAAGCUCGUUGACACCCUCAAUGCCGGAGGAGCGAAGGGAACCUUCUUCGUUACUGGUACUCUUUACGGAUGUAUCUACAACUACAAGAGUGCCCUCCAAAAUGCCUACAAUGCUGGCCACCAAAUAGCAUCACACACCUGGACCCACCCCUCUAACUUCGGCUCCCUAUCCACCGCCGACCUCACAACCCAAAUGACGCGUGUCGAACAAGCUUUGAUCAACAUCAUUGGCGUGAAGCCAACUUACAUGCGCCCACCAUAUCUCGCAACGGGCGGCAACGUGCUGCCGACCAUGAAGACCCUAGGGUACAGGGUCAUCACCGAUGAUGUCGACGCUGGAGAUUGGAAUGGCCUGACGCCAGAGCAGAGCGAGCAGAAGUUUGUUCAGGCGGGUCCAGGUGGCAACGGACAUAUCCCAUUGAUGCAUGAAACUUAUGCCACGACUGUAAACACUCUUACACCUUGGUUGAUUAACUGGGCGAAACAGAAUAAUCUGAAGAUAGUCACUGUUGCUCAGUGCCUUGGCGAUACGGCGGCUGGCGCGUACAAGGCUGGUACUGCGAACGGCGCAACUACUUGUUAAGUUCUCGGUGCAGAUCAACCGAGUGGGGACGAGAAGUGGCAUUAGCUUCUCGAUGAUGCUGCAUACAAGAUUGAUGAAUGUGCAGACUACCUUCGUUCCAAUGUAAAUAUUAGUGUUAUAUCUGCACCCUUUCUUCAAAAGGGAUGAGAAAACCACAUAUAUGAU